GUUUCUGGGAAUCGUCGUUCGUGGUGGAUCGAUUUGUUGCUGCUGCUGUUGCUGCCGCCACCAUCAUGGACGUGGUGUCGGCCGUGAAGCAGUAUGUGUGCAAGAUGAUCGGCGAGACGGGGCCCGGCAUGAAGGUCCUGCUCAUGGACAAGGACACGACCAGCAUUGUGAGCAUGGUCUACUCCCAGUCGGAAAUCCUCCAGAAGGAAGUGUACCUCUUCGAGAGGGUGGACUCUGUCAACCGCGAGCCCAUGAAGCAUCUGAAGGCCGUCUGUUUCAUCCGGCCUGUCAAGGAAAGCAUCGAGCUGUUGGUUCAAGAACUCAGACGGCCCAAGUAUGGAUUAUACUUCAUCUACUUCAGCAAUGUGGUGAGCAAGAGCGACGUGAAGACGCUGGCCGAGGCAGACGAGCACGAGGUCGUGCGGGAGCUGAAGGAGUUCUACGCUGACUAUAUUGCCAUCAGUCCCCACAUAUUCUCCUUGAACCUCACAGGCUGCUCACAGGGUCGCAGCUGGGAUCCGGUGCUGCUGACGCGAGCCACCCUCGGACUCACCGCCGUGCUGCUGUCACUCAAGAAGUGCCCGGUGAUUCGGUACCAGCACUCGUCGGAGCUGGCACGCCGCCUCGCCGAGUGUGUCAAGCAAAUGAUUUCUAAGGACGCGGCACUGUUCGAUUUCCGCAAGACAGACGUCCCCCCGCUGCUGCUGGUGCUCGACCGCAACGACGACGCCAUCACGCCGCUGCUCAACCAGUGGACCUACCAGGCCAUGGUGCACGAACUUCUCGGCAUCAACAACAACCGCAUCGACCUGUCGAGCGUGCCGGGCGUGGGUCGCGACCUCAAGGAGGUUGUUCUCUCCUCCGAGCAUGACGACUUCUACGCCAGCAAUAUGUACCUGAACUUUGGUGAGAUUGGCACGAACAUUAAGAACCUAAUGGAAGAAUUUCAGAAAAAGUCUAAAAGCUCGCAGAAGGUGGAAUCCAUCGCUGAUAUGAAGGCAUUUGUGGAGAACUAUCCCCAGUUCAAGAAGAUGUCGGGCACUGUAUCAAAGCACGUGACGGUGGUGGGGGAGCUGUCGCGGCUCGUGGCCUCUCGCUCCCUUCUCAGCGUUUCUGAGCUCGAGCAGGAGCUGGCCUGCCAGAGCGACCACUCUAGCGCACUGCAGAGCCUGCGGCGCAUGCUGCAGCAACCCAAGGUGAGCGAGCUGGACGCGGCACGGCUCGUGAUGCUCUACGCUCUGCGCUACGAGCGCCACAGCAGCAACAAUCUGUCCGGACUGCUCGAGGACCUCUCGCGCCGCCAGGUCUCCUCGCAGUACCGCCAGCUGGUCAACUCCGUUCUGGAGUACGGGGGGUUACGCGUGCGUGGGAGUGACCUGUUUGGAAGCCAAGACCCCAUGUCCAUCACCAAGCAGUUCUUCAAAGGCCUCAAGGGCAUCCAGAACGUGUACACACAACACCAGCCCCUGCUGGCUGACACCCUGGACCAGGUGCUCAAGGGCCGUCUCAAGGAGGCCAGCCACCCGUACCUGGGCUCCAGCAGCCUGCGUGACAGGCCGCAGGACGUCAUCGUGUUCAUGGUUGGCGGGGCGACGUACGAGGAGGCGCUCACCGUCUACAACCUGAACCGUACGAACCCGGGCGUGCGCGUCAUCCUCGGAGGGACCAACGUCCAUAACACACGCAGUUUCCUGGAGGAGGUUACUAAAGCCACACAGACGAGCGCCAGCGCGAGGUCUGGCAGCAGCAGCACCACCGCUCGGUCGGGGAUGCGCAGAUGAGCAGGGGCCCUUUCGUCCUUGCAGUGGGACCUGCCCUGGCACACGGUGGGACCCAGAACCCCCGAGGCACGGGGGGUGACCACUCCAUCUCCUUGUGUGCAUCCUGUGUAGGCACGCAUUGUAGACAACUCAUCCUCGUAAAAUACGACCCCAAUUACUGUUUUGAUGUGGUGACCAACCUUUGAGUCAUGACCCAAGGGACGGUGGGUGGGAGGGAACGGUCAUGAAUGACGUCACCGCAGUGUCUUGUGUCAGGGUAACGAUCCUUGCAUGUGAUGCUUGUGAACCCACACCAUGCGCACGCUGAUGCCAAGGCGUGUCUCAAUCAUUAUGCUUCAUAUUUCAAGGUGUGUUCAGUGGCUGUGAUGUUGAUAUUUCUUACCGUUAAUGGCUGCUUUUAAGAUAUUGCCACUGCAGAUGUUAUAGGUUGGCCACACUUGCCCCGAACACCUACCGCCCAAGUAAUUUACAGAGAGGAGGACAAACUUGCCUGAUGAGCGUCCCAGCACUUUGGUAACUCUCAGCAGGAGGACAUCGUGAGGCCUUGGUGAUCGGCCUCAAGCCGAGAGGCUGCCGUGGCUGUGGCCGCCUCCCUGCACCCUCCGCCGCAGGGGUCACUGGCACCUCCACCCGGCACCGCUUGCCCACCGAGCAGCUUAUCCCACCCUCGAGGGUCGCUUGGUUUGCAGCUCCGUACCUCAUUGCUCGCCACAUUCCCAGAUUUCCAAUUUGGCCAAUGAUUCUAAUUUGUAUGCGUCAGUGUAGGUGCCUGCAGCACUCUCAUUCAUUGGAUAAGCAAUUUCUUGCGGGCACAGGGGCUGUAGUGCAGAGAGAGCCUUGAGACAGGCACCGAUUGCAUGUCCCUAUCUCGCUCUGCCCAGGAUUCAUAUCUGAUUCCCAGAUCUCUGCGCUCGCUAAUUAUACUCCAUCAAAUGUAUGUAGUGCAGGUGUAAAUUGACGAGCAAAGUGUUGUAAUACGCAGUUUGUGUACAUCUGUUCAUUGGUCGACGUGAAAAGGUGGUGGAUCAUAAUGGACUGGACUGCUCUGGUAUUUAUUAACAAUCGUGUUGUCCACGGCAACUUAUUUGUGUUGGUCGUCGAUUAAUUUAAAACUGCAGCAUGAAUUCAUUGUGGGAAUUUGUACAUUUAUUGGAGUUGAUCUGUACAUUAAAACAGUGGUGAACACA